AUGGAGAAGUUUCCCAAUGUCUCAUUUGAGCUUUCAAAAGAUGAAGAUAUUCUCAACAUGAUAGAUUAUCAUCGUUCAAUGGGGUUAAAUACAGUAACCAUGACUGUUACUAAAAAAGAUGAAGGACCCACUCAUGCCAUAGGGACAGAAACAGAGCUUAGUGUUCCAAAUGUUAGCUCACAGUCAUCAGAGCAUAUCAAGGAACCUUAUGAGAGGAUCACAAUCGAGGAAUCAGAGAGGAUCCCAAACGACAACCCUCAAGGAGAGCAUGUGUGGAUGAUGAACGACGUAGGGUUUCUCAAGGGAUGUAGGCCAUUGCUCUUUCUAGAUGGGACUUUUCUGAAGGAUCGCUACAAAGGGAUCCUAUUAGGUGCGACUGCUUAUGAUGAACCGUACAAUCCACCCUAUCCUCUAGAGAUUUUGUCAGAUGCCGACAAAGGAAUUAAACAAUCUUUGAAAGAUAUAUUUCCAGAUGCGUACCACUCUAGAUGUGUACUUCAUCUCGUUGAGAAUUAUAAAUUAAAGCUUAGAGAGAUGGGUUUUGCCUCAAGUGCUGCUCAACGUAUUUCAAAAUUAUUGGAGUUUGCUGCAUACAAGUACACGGAAAGAGAAUUUAAAGCUAUUUUACAUCAGAUUAGGAUGACAGAUCAAAGAGCUUACCAAGUAGCUCUAAGUUAUGGACCAAGUAAUUGGGCGAAUUCUGUAUUUUCUGGUAUAAGAUAUGGUCAUAUCACUUCCAAUGUUGCUGAAUCUUUCAACAGUUGGAUUCGUGUGGUGAGAACACUUUCCAUUUGCGAUAUGAUGGAUCACAUUCGUGUACAAAUUAUGGAAAGAAUGAAUACUCGCCGCGAGAUGGCAAAAAAUUGGAAUAGCUAUCUAUGUCCAGAAGCGGAAAAAAUCCUCCAAGAAAAUGUCACCAAGGGAAGCACUCUUGAAGUAUCGCAUUCUACAGCUGAAAUCUUUGAGGUAUCAUCACAAAAAUCAGUACAAGUUGAUUUGGAUCACAAAACAUGCACGUGUCGUGCAUGGGAUAUAUUGAGAAUACCAUGUAAACAUGCGUGUGCUGCUAUCAACUUUAUGCAUAGAGAUGUGUACCAGUUUUGUGAUUGGUUCAUGACGACUGAAGCUUUUAAGAAAAGUUACGAACUAAUUCUCUUUCCUGUUCUAAAUUAUGAUAAGCCAGAUGUAACAGAUGAAACAGUUAGCAUUCUUCCCCCAAAGACGACAAAGAGACGUGGAAGGAACAAGAAUAGACGUAUCAACAACAGAUCUGAGAAUAGACGUGCAAUUAGAUGCUCAAGAUGUCACGCUGAAGGACAUAACCGAGCCACAUGCACCGAACCUAUCCAAGAUUAA